CACGCGUGAGGGCGCUGUCGCAGCUACAAUCAGAGUUCCUCUUUCUGUUGUCGCGAUAUUCUUAAGGCCGGAAAAACGCAAGAUCGAAGGUCACGUAGAUGGCACGCCUCGCCCAGUACGCCUAAGUUCUCGCGUGAGUUUAACUUCCGCCCUUUUGGCUCCCUGAGCAGCGCCAUGGCGGUCGGCAAGAACAAGCGCCUUACGAAAGGCGGCAAAAAGGGAGCCAAGAAGAAAGUGGUUGAUCCAUUUUCUAAGAAAGAUUGGUAUGAUGUGAAAGCACCAGCUAUGUUCAAUAUAAGAAAUAUUGGAAAAACAUUAGUCACAAGAACUCAAGGAACCAAAAUCGCAUCUGAUGGCCUCAAGGGUCGGGUUUUUGAAGUGAGCCUUGCUGAUUUGCAGAAUGAUGAAGUUGCAUUUAGAAAAUUCAAGCUAAUUACUGAGGAUGUUCAGGGCAAAAACUGCCUGACUAAUUUCCAUGGCAUGGAUCUUACCCGUGACAAAAUGUGCUCCAUGGUCAAAAAAUGGCAGACCAUGAUCGAAGCUCAUGUUGAUGUCAAGACUACCGAUGGUUAUUUGCUUCGUCUAUUUUGUGUUGGUUUUACUAAAAAACGCAAUAAUCAGAUUCGGAAGACCUCUUAUGCUCAGCACCAACAGGUCCGUCAAAUUCGGAAAAAGAUGAUGGAAAUCAUGACCCGAGAGGUGCAAACAAAUGACUUGAAAGAAGUGGUCAAUAAAUUGAUUCCAGACAGCAUCGGAAAAGAUAUAGAAAAGGCUUGUCAGUCUAUUUAUCCACUUCAUGAUGUCUUCGUUAGAAAAGUAAAAAUGCUGAAGAAGCCCAAGUUUGAAUUGGGAAAGCUCAUGGAGCUUCAUGGUGAAGGUAGUAGUUCUGGAAAAGCUACUGGGGAUGAGACCGGUGCUAAAGUUGAACGAGCUGAUGGAUAUGAGCCACCAGUCCAAGAAUCUGUUUAAAAGUCAGACAUUUAAUGGUGACAAAUAAAAAAAUCAUAUUUGUGAUGUUUAA